ACUCUGAGUUAGUUAACCCUGAGAUGAGGGAAACUCUGGUUUUUCAGUUUCACAAAGCCAGUUCAGCUUUACUCUGAGUCAGUUACCCUGGCAACAUACUCCGUGAACCUAACCUGCUCGCUGGCAGGUUUUCUUCAACUAACCCCGAGUUUCUCCUGCUCUUAAGUUGAAGCCUGCAGACUGAAGGCAGUGGCAGACAUGGCGUGUCCUUUUAUUGAAGAGCCAGUUGAUGUCGAGGCGCAGAUACUCCGCAGACAUCUCCACCGGGAGAGGAUUAUUAGACCCCGAUUGGAUGUUUUAUCAUUCCCUGAUGAGUAUCUGUUUGAGCGUUUCCGUUUCUCUGCAUCAUCUAUAAUUUAUAUAAACGAUAUUCUCAGCCCUCACAUCGCUCACAUGACGCAUCGUGGACAUGCUCUCAGUUCCGAGCAAAUUCUUUGUAUUGCACUUCGUUUUUUUGCCAACGGCAGUUUUUUGUAUAACGUCGGUGAUGCAGAGCAUGUGUCCAAGGCAACUGUCUGUCGGGCUGUCCGAAAUGUGACACUUGCACUGAAACGGCUACUAUGCACGUUUGUAGUGUUCCCAAGUCACAGACCCACCAGACUUCUCAAAGAAGAGUUCCACAGAAUUGCAGGGUUUCCAGGUGUGAUUGGCUGCAUAGAUGGCACUCACAUUCCUAUCAUCGCUCCUUCAAUAAAUGAAGGAGAUUAUGUGAAUAGGAAAUCUGUCCACAGCAUUAAUGUGCAGAUCAUAUGUGAUGGAGCCCACAUGAUUAACAAUGUGGAAGCGAAGUGGCCUGGGUCUGUGCAUGACUCACGAAUGUUUCGUGAGUCGACACUGAGUGCCAGAUUUGCCAUGCAAAUAAAAGCUACCACUAAACCAAACCCCUUUGUGACACUGGCCUGCUUGGGAGUGGGAAGAAUGGGGGGAGCACCACAUGGCACGUCUCUGGGGUCCCCUAGACCCGGGGCGUAA